AUGGAUCGUGGGAAAAGGAAGGGAAAUUUCCUUGGUAUUACCAACAAUAAGAUCUACAUGGACCUGAAUGGCAUUAUACGAGAGCAUGCCCUAGCUUAUCUCCCUGCAAAAUCGCUUAUGAGAUUCAAGAGUGUUUGCAGAGAUUGGAAACUCCAGAUUUCAAGUCCAUUCUUUGUCCACAAUCAGUCGCAGUGUUUCCGCUCUGUCGGGGGUUUGUUUUGUCAGGUUUCGGGGAAACAGCCCGUGUUAGUCCCUUUUGAUGGAAAAUCCUGUGGUGUGCCGGACCCGGUUUUGAGUUUUAUGCCUGAACCGGUUCUCAUCAGGUCGUCGUCUAACGGCCUCCUGUGCUGCCAAUCUUCAUCCCCUGACAAGGCUUACUACAUCUGCAAUCCUGUCAAUAAGCAGUGGAAGAAACUUCCACCAACAAGCGCUGAUCACGGGUCUAAUCCUUCCAUUGCGCUGGUCUUUGAGCCGUCACUGCUUAACUUUGUACCCGAGUACAAACUAGUUUGUGCUUUCCGAUCUAAUGACUUUCCUGAUGCGAUCGAGUUUGAAGUAUAUAACUCCAGGGAAAAUGCCUGGAAGACGUCAGCGGCAAUUUUGUUCAUGAAUGAAACACCUGUUCCUGGUUCAGGUGUUUGUGUGAAUAAUAUCAUUUACUGGAAGCUCGCUUCCGGCAGUGUUCUUGCCUUUGACCUAGUUAACGAUACAUCAAACCGGCUUGGUUAUUAUCAUACUCAGGCGGUGGGAAAUGUGAAUGGUAAUGUUUGUUUAGCUACCGUUCAUGGCAGUUCACUGAGUUUGAAUGUACUGAACAAUAGUCAAGCAAUAAGUGCAAUGCCAAUGUAUCCAAGAACAAAGAUGUGCACCAGCGCCGUCUACAAGGGAAUCACCGGCGACGCCAACCAUAGAGUGGUGUUUGUUUCUUCCAAACUGGUGGUACUUGAGGGUUAUGAUAAACUCUGUUUGUUUGAUUUGGGAGAGAAGAAUUUGAAGGAACUCAUCAACAACCUAGGAAGCGGUGGUAAGAGGACUUAUGUUCCCUAUGUGAAUAGUUUGGUUAGCAUCUAA